AUGGAGGAGGAGAAAGAUCGAGGUGCGGCGGGAGAAAUAAGAAGGGGACUGAGUCGCAAUGCAAGCGUAAACAGGAGCAGCAAAAGAACAAUGAGCAGCAGGCGAGGUUGGAACGUGGCGGAGGAUGUUUUUGGAAGCGCCAGGAUGCGUACCAGUAGUAAUGCUUUGGAGGAUGAGGAAUCCCUAAAAUGGGCUGCUUUAGAAAAGUUACCAACUUAUAAUCGACUGCGGACGACUGUUUUGAAAUCUUUCAUCGAAAAUGAGAAUGACGACGAGCAGGGCAAGAAGUCAGUGCUCCAAGAAGUUGAUGUCCGAAAGCUUGACACCAAUCAACGCCAAGAAUUCAUUGACAGGCUCUUUAAAGUUGCUGAGGAAGAUAAUGGCAAGUUCUUGGAAAAGCUCAGAAACCGGCUCGACAGAGUUGGGAUUAUUCUUCCCACGGUGGAAGUUAGGUUCGACCAGUUAACUGUUGGAGCCGAAUGUUACGUCGGGGACAGAGCUCUUCCUACGUUGCCAAAUGUCGCCAGAAAUAUUGCGGAGUCGGCUUUCAGUUGUCUUGGCUUCCGACUGGCCGAGAGAGCCAAAAUCAAUAUACUAAAAGACGUCUCCGGCAUUAUAAAACCUUCCAGGAUGACCCUUCUAUUAGGACCACCAUCUUCUGGGAAAACAACGCUCUUAUUGGCUCUAGCAGGAAGAUUAGACCGUCGUUUGAAGGUGAAAGGAUACAUAUCUUACAACGGCCAUGACCUGAAAGAAUUUGUGCCGCAAAAGACAGCGGCAUACAUUAGCCAAAAUGAUGUCCACAUUGCAGAAAUGACAGUGAAAGAAACACUCGAUUUCUCUGCAAGAUGCCAAGGGGUUGGAUCCCGAUACGAACUUUUGACUGAGCUUGAAAGGAGGGAAAGGGACGCUGGCAUUCGCCCUGAGGCUGAAGUUGAUCUUUUCUUGAAGGCAACAGCUGUGGAAGGUGCCGAAAGCAGUCUCAUUACCGACUACACUCUCAGAAUAUUGGGACUAGAUAUUUGCCGAGAUACUAUUAUUGGGGAUGAAAUGCAGCGAGGGAUCUCCGGGGGUCAAAAAAAGCGUGUCACAACAGGAGAAAUGAUUGUUGGACCAACCAAGACACUGUUUAUGGAUGAAAUAUCAACAGGCCUUGACAGCUCUACAACAUUUCAAAUAGUCAAGUGCGUACAACAGAUUGUGCACUCGACAGAGGCUACCGUGCUAAUGUCCCUCCUGCAGCCUGCUCCCGAGACUUAUGACCUCUUUGAUGAUAUCAUCCUUUUGUCAGAAGGCCAAAUUGUAUAUCAGGGUCCAAGAGUGCACGUUCUUGAAUUCUUUGAGAGCUGUGGUUUCAAGUGUCCAGAGAGAAAGGGAACUGCUGAUUUCCUGCAGGAGGUUACGUCAAGAAAAGACCAGGAGCAGUACUGGGCAGACCGAAGCAAGCCAUAUAGAUAUAUAUCUGUUGCCGAAUUUGCAAAUAUGUUCAAACGUCUCCAUGUUGGUCAGCUUCUAGAGAACGAGCUCUCAGUCCCUUACGACAAGGCACGGAGUCACAAAGCAGCUCUAGUGUUCAAAAAGUACUCGGUCUCUAAAAAAGAGCUUCUAAAAGCAAAUUUUGACAAGGAGUGGAUGCUAAUCAAGAGAAACUCUUUUUUAUACAUUUUCAAGACUUUCCAACACACCAUUGUAUCACUCAUCGCAUCAACGGUGUUCCUAAGGACUAAAAUGCACACCAGAAAUGAAGCCGAUGGCGCAGUUUACGUUGGAGUAUUGGGGUUUAGCUUGGUUGCCAAUAUGUUUAAUGGUAUUGCUGAACUUGCACUUACCAUGAAGCGACUUCCGGUCUUUUACAAGCAAAGGGAUCUUCUUUUCCAUCCGCCGUGGGCCUUUACCUUACCAUCUUUCCUGCUAGCAUUACCAAUAUCCGCGUUAGAGUCUCUUGUGUGGACGGUUGUAACGUACAACGUCGCUGGAUUAGCCCCUGAAGCCAGCAGGUUCUUCAAGCAACUAUUGCUAGUAUUUCUGAUCCAGCAGAUGGCAGCCGGAUUAUUUAGGUUUAUUGCGGCAAUCUGUAGAACAAUGACAAUUGCAAAUACUGGAGGAAGUCUAGCUCUUCUCUUUGUCACUCUCUUGAGUGGUUUUGUCCUUCCUAAAGAUAAAAUUCCUGAUUGGUGGGGUUGGGGAUACUGGGUUUCACCUCUAACGUAUGGUUUCAAUGCCAUCACCGUCAAUGAAAUGUUUGCUCCAAGGUGGAUGAACAAAUUGGCUUCUGAUAAUCAAACAAGUUUAGGAGUGGAAAUACUGAAGAACUUCGGUGUCUCCGCCCAAAGAUCUUGGUAUUGGAUUGGUACAGCAGCCCUACUGGGCUUUAUAGUACUUUUGAACAUCCUUUACACAUUUGCCCUCACGUACCUUAACCGAGAAAUAGCAAUCCAGCCAGUGAGCACGCACUCCACUAGCACUUUAAUCAGUAGAAAGGAAGAUACACGUCUUGAGGCUACAAGUGGUUUUGCUCCUAAGAGAGGAAUGGUUCUGCCAUUCACCCCACUCACCAUGACCUUUGACAGCGUGAAUUAUUUCGUGGACAUGCCCCGUGAAAUGAGAGAACAAGGAGUCACAGAGGAGAAGCUCCAAUUACUUAGUAGCGUAACUGGCGUAUUUCGGCCAUGUGUUUUAACUGCACUAAUGGGAGUCAGCGGAGCAGGAAAGACUACCCUGAUGGAUGUUUUAGCUGGACGGAAAACAGGUGGUUACAUCGAAGGCGACAUAAGAAUAUCUGGAUUCCCAAAGAUACAAGAAACAUUUGCUAGAGUUUCAGGUUACUGUGAACAAACUGAUAUCCACUCACCUCAAUUAACUGUCCGUGAAUCUCUGAUUUUUUCGGCUUUCCUUCGGCUCCCCCGAGAAGUCAGCAAGGAGGAAAAGAUGAUUUUUGUGAAUGAAGUGAUGGGCCUGGUUGAACUAGAGAACCUAAAAGAUGCCAUUGUGGGGCUUCCAGGAGUUAGUGGUUUGUCUACAGAGCAGCGAAAGAGACUGACUAUAGCAGUUGAGCUUGUUGCCAAUCCCUCCAUCAUAUUUAUGGAUGAACCCACUUCUGGCCUUGAUGCAAGAGCAGCAGCCAUUGUUAUGAGGACAGUGAGAAAUACAGUCGACACGGGGAGAACAGUUGUAUGCACAAUUCAUCAGCCUAGCAUAGACAUUUUUGAAGCUUUUGAUGAGCUACUUUUGAUGAAAAGAGGAGGCGAAGUGAUUUAUGCAGGACCAAUAGGACGGCAUUCCCAGAAAAUGAUAGAAUACUUUGAGGCAAUUCCUGGAGUGCAAAAGAUUACAGAGAAGUACAAUCCAGCAACAUGGAUGCUAAAUGUUAGCUCAGUUGCCACCGAAGUUAGGCAUGGAAUUGAUUUUGCUGAGACAUACAAAUCCUCAGUAUUGUAUGCACAAAAUAAGGCUCUAGUGAAAGAGUUGAGCAUACCACUUCAAGGUGCAAAUGACCUCUAUUUCCCUACACAAUAUUGUCAAUCCACGUGGAGUCAAUUCAAAUCCUGCCUGUGGAAGCAACAGAUAACUUACUGGAGAAGUCCCGAUUAUAACCUUGUCAGAAUCGUCUUCAGUUUAGCUGCCGCACUCAUUCUUGGAACAAUUUUUUGGAGAGUUGGAAGUAAAAGGGAGAGCAAUGCUGAUCUUCUGACCAUCAUUGGGGCUAUGUUCAUUGCUGUACUUUUUAUUGGGAUCAAUAAUUGUUCGACUGUGCAACCAGUUGUUGCCAUCGAAAGAACUGUUGUUUAUCGGGAAAGAGCUGCUGGGAUGUACUCAGCCAUACCAUAUGCCAUGGCACAAGUUAUUGCAGAGAUACCAUACAUAUUUUUGCAAACUUCCUACUAUUCACUUAUAGUGUAUGCCAUGGUGGGCUUCGAAUGGACAGCAGCAAAAUUUUUCUGGUUCUACUUUGUGACCUUCUUCUCUUUUCUCUACUUCACAUAUUACGGAAUGAUGACUGUUUCCAUCACACCAAACCACCAAGUGGCAUCAAUAAUUGCAGCAGCAUUCUACGGAAUUUUCAAUAUCUUCGCUGGAUUCUACAUCCCCAGACCAAAAAUUCCCAAAUGGUGGAUAUGGUACUACUGGAUUUGCCCUGUGUCAUGGACACUCUACGGACUAGUCUUAUCACAAUAUGGUGAUGUAGAGGAUACAAUCAAAGUCCCCGGAAUGUCUCCUGAUCCAAAAAUCAAAGAUUAUAUCAGGGAUCACUUCGGAUACGAAUCAGACUUCAUGGGACCAGCGGCAGCAGUUUUGAUCGGUUUCUGUGUUUUGUUUGCAUUUGUGUACGCUUUCUGCAUUAAGACACUGAACUUCCAGAAUAGAUAG